AUGUAGUGUUAGUACGUGUAAAUCGAUAAAUGUUUGUAAAAUAGCAAAAUAUCGGGUAAAAUGAAUAAGUCACAAACAGAAUAAUUUCAUUACUUUUAAAUUAAAUUAUUGUUUCAAAUUUUCUUUUAGUAUGUGUUUAUUUGAAGACAUAUUUAGUUCAAAUAUCCAUUCAGUGCAAAAUAAAAGGCUAACCACAAAGGAUAAAAUUAUUUUCAGAUAAAAUGAAUUCAAGUUCAAGUUUGUUUCGACUUGUUUUUUUCCUUGGAUUUGGUUGUACAGUUCGCUUGUCAGAUUGCCUAACAAUUAGUGCUGCUUAUGGACCGAGCGAUGUGGAGUUCACAUGUGUAAUUAACCCGUACACGGGAAGUCAACGAUGGUAUGUGGGUUCGGUUAUAGUGGCGUUAUGUGGAGCGAAUAGUUGUACAGAGGAACCUACAAACCCAGCACGGUACUCUUUUACGCCAAAUCGUGCAUCUGGAAUUUUUAUCUUCAAGAUUGAUCCUAUCAACUCCACUGAUGAUAACACGAUAGUUGGCUGCUAUAAUGGAAUGGACACAGAUACACAAGCUCUUAAGUUUCCAGAUCAAAACAAUUCGUCCAUCUCGAAAACUACUAACGCAACAGGUACGGGAACAAAUCAUACAACUGUUCCUUCUAGUAUUGCAUCAGUGACAAUCCUACCAAACACUACAUUUUUCACCCCUGUGUUGAAAACAGACAAGAAAUCCUCUUAUUUUGUACUGUUCAUUGCUUUAGCUUUUGUUGUUUUAAUUUUGUCUAUGGUAAUGCUGUUUUACCUUUUUUUCCUUACAAAAUCAAGAAUAAGAACAAAUCGUAAAACAUCAUUCGGUCUUAACGAAAAAACUUAUUAAGAACUGAAAAAGUGGUCAAAUAUGUCUAAAAAGUGACGCAAACUUUGCAUUUGGAUUUAUUCACCAUAUUUGAGUGAGUUUCUUCGUGACAAAAAUGGAACUUAUUUAAAGCAUAAAACUGGCGUGUCAACACUGAAGAAAUAUUCAAAUAAUAUUAUGUUUGUUUAUUGCUGUUGCUCUGUAACAUCGCACUUUAGGGUCAAACGCACUAUGGGGAACACCCUCAAAGUGCGUUACGCACUUUGGUGCCAUAGUUUGUCCCCAAAGUGCGUUACACAGGUAAAUAUGCAUUUUUUAACAUCAUGAAAACGACUGCACUUUUGGGUCAUAAAAAUUAAAUCAAUAAGAACGAAUUUUAGUGAUAUUUUAUAAUGAUAUCUUGUAGUUAAGUAAUAGAAAGAGCACCGAAACACGAGGCUUUCUGAUUUGUACGAGGGGGCGUAGCCCCCGAGUAUUAAUCAGAUUGCAGAGUGUUUUGGUGUUCUUUCUCUUUUGUAUCAUAGUUAAACAUAAAACGCGUUCUUUGUUGUCACAAUAUGAAACCCCAGGAAAAAAAAAACAAUGAACGAGCAUCUGUAUAUCAUAUUUCUGUCGCGUUUCCUUUCUCUGCCGCCUUAAUAAGUUAACCCCAGCAAAAAUGAACCAAUCAAUGGGCGUGCUCAGGAGUGCGGGUAACUAAUACCCGCAAUUCAGUUAACGCACUGUGCAUGUAUAUGUAUACGAUUUAACUCUGACACAUUUUCAACAGAAAGGUCCUUAAACUAUGAUACAAUGUUAAUUGUAAACUCAACAUUAGGAAGGAAUUAGGCGGCAAAAUGUAAUAAGUCGGUUCACAAUAGCGGACGAUAGAUCACUCAAAUGUUAUAUCAAAGGCUUCGAAUUUAUUAUAAUUUUGUUUUAUUUCAAUAAUUUCUCUCAUAGGAUUGUGGCCUUAAAGUAUGAAUAUUUUUGAUGUGUAUUGCGUGUAACAAAUAAUAUAUAAAGCAUAUUGUUUAAGCCUUACCGAUGAACUAGCGCUGUGUAUUUCUAUCUGAUUUAAAAACCAGUUUCUUAUACCAUGUAUACGAUAGGAUAUGUUUAGGACCCAUUAAAAUCUGGAUUUACCCUAUUUCUUGUUAUAUUAUGAAAGGAAGGUAACGUUUCUUUAUUAAUUAAUUUUAGUUCUUUCAAUGUUGAAUGCUGUAGACUGAAUUAAAAUUCAGGUUUUGUGAAUCUGCCACAACUUGGGAAAAUGAAACAUUUUUAAGAUGUAAUCCAAGAGAUAUGCCAUAUUGAAAAAUAUGAUACUCAAUAAGAUCAUAAGUGUAUAUUUCUAAAGAUGACAUGCACGUCCGAUUAUGGCAGGAAUUAUUUUCAAACACCUAUAUAGUAAUUUUCGAAAAUUACGAAAGUCAUCUCGUGUCAUUCAAAUGGCAGCGGUUUUUGUGGGUCUUAAAACAAUACAUUUUACUCCUGGCAGUUAAUUUUUUUUUAUUCCCAGGACGGCGUCCAAAAUGGCUACAAAUUAAAAAUAAGUCGUUGCGGACAUAUAAAAACACAUAUAAGAAAAGUAUAGAUUUACUUACACAAACGUUACUUUAAUAAAAUAACAUGAUUGGAACCUGACAAACGUAAAGAAUAUUAGGAUAAGGAAAUUCAAACCAAAAUUUAUUGUCAUUCACUAAGUGAUAGUGAUCACGGUCAAUAUAAUGUAGAAGAUACAAAUUGUUUCACAAACUUUUAAAGAAUCUAGUUUGAGAAUUUAGUCUCGACAUUUUAUGCUGGGAAAUGUCUCUUUUAAAAUGUAGUGGCUGAAAAUUGCUAUAAUUCGCCAUUACUUUUUUUAUUAGACCGUUGUUGAGGAACAAAACGUCUCGGUCUAAGAUUUUCCUUCAACUUUUUGUAAAUUUUCAACAAUGCUUGCAAAAAAAAUGUCGAGAAUUUCUUUCUGUUCCUCGACGUUUUAUAGUCGAAGCAUAAAAUGUAGAGCCAAACCAUGCACGCUACUGGUCACUGGAGUUAAAAUGUUCCUUGCUGCUUCCAACAACUGUUUUAAAAAAAGAAUGUGUGUACAUUUACCGCGACAUUUUGUAAAUGUUGACAAAAAACCCGACGAGUGCGACAUUUUAUGAUGCUUGCUUUAUAUGGCCUAAUAAACCGAACACCAUAUAUAUAAUAUUUGUUAAAUUUUAUUUUUUGAUAUUUCAAGUGGUUAAAUUAAUAAAACAUUUACCACUUAGAAAAUAAACACAUCUUUUUAAAUUACUGCUACAUCAGAUUUUAAAUGACGUAAAAUUGCUCAGUGAUGUAUAUGGGUAUCGACCGUCAUCUUGAACUCCACUUCAAAUAUUUAAAUGUCGCAAAUCGAAAAAAAAAAUGUCAGUACUCAGAUGACACCUUCAGAAAUCUGGAACCCAAAGUGCGUUAAUAUGUAGCAUAUCAACGUACUUUGGGGUCAUUUUCUCGAUUUUGACCCCAAAGUGCGCUGUGAAGUUACCGCACUUUGGAGUCGGACCCUAAAGUGCGUUUGACCCCAAAGUGCGGUGUUACAUUGCUCUAAUUGUUAUUUUUGUUCCGUUUUACAUUGUAUACUAACCAGAGACUGCGAUUUUUGUCGUUCACUUAGCUAGAUUAAUAUUACUCAGGACAAAGUGUAAUAUGUGACGUUAUGUCCGUGUUCUAAAUCAGUAUUCAUGUAAACUCUUUUAAAUAGAGAAUUGUUUUUGGAAGAUUAUUUCAAAUAUGGGUACAUUCAAGCAUAAAGAAUGGUAUGAGCCUAUAAUAUCAAUUUAAAGUGAUAUAAACCUAUCCAAGUGUAGGUGGUGAGUUCAAAAGAUGAAGUCAAUAACAGUUACUUUAAUUUUUUGCCAUAAUUGUGUUUUCAAUUCUAAAGAAUAAUUAUAAUAAAAUCCAUGUCACCUGUGGAUUACUUUUAUAAAUAUUGUUCGUAAUGUAUCAGUAGUGUUCCAUUUUCAAAACGAGUGGGUCAGUUCUUGUAUAUUUUUAUAUUCUAUAUAGUGUUUAUAUUUUAUCCUUAAUAUUUCUCCAUCAUUAAUUAGCCAUUGUGGCUUACGGAAUGCCUUUAAUGGUUGAGACAUAAUAAUUGCUGUCACCGUUUUUCACGUGUGAUCGUGAGAGGCGACUUAAUGGGUUCGAAAAGCUGUAAUAUAUGCAUCUCAUAGCUCCAUCAGGUUCGAUGGCUUUGACCCCUUGUGUUGCUUUCAAGUUUUAUUCACCCGGGAUUAAGCAGAAAUCAUUUUCCCUGUUUCGGUUCCAUAUGACUUACACUGUGUUGGUGAUAAAUAUUACAAAUUCACCUAAACUUGACAGCAAAAAAAGAACUGAGCAUAUUGUCACUUUUACUUAAACAAACAGUCACAUGCAUUCUUCAUGGUUUAAAAUUUAAAAAGAAUAAAUGUAAUUUUUCUGUACAUUAUUGAUUGAAUAUGAAUAUAUGUUAUCAUAGUAAAAAUAAAAAUUGAAUGUUUUACUCUGUUAAUAUGUUAUUAGAAACAAAAAU